AUGGCAAAGGCUAAGAAGAAGCCGAGUGAGAACGUCCAGAACAGACAGCAGUACACCCGCAUCAACUACCUCCAUCAAGCGGCCGCCUAUCUUGCAGUACAGAAUGCUACACAGACGAGUGUUCGAGGAUCCGACAAGCACAGUCCAUCAGCUGUGAUAGAAGACGCGCUGAAAUCCGGACAUGAGAAUGUGGCACGUCGAUUAGUCGCCGAUAUAAGUGCCGUCUCUAAGAAAGUGGUCAUCAGACCAACGCCCGCCAUGAGGAGAACCGUGUGCAAAGCCUGCGAUGCGUUUCUCAUCGAAGGCCACAGUUGCACGACGACGAUUGAGAAUCUGAGCAAGCAGGGGAGGAAACCAUGGGCCGACAUCAUGGUCAUGACGUGCCACACGUGCGGCCACGCCAAGAGGUUCCCAGUCGACUGUCCGAGGCAGCAACGGCGGACAUUGAGGGGAGAUGCAUCCCUCGAUGGCCAUGUGCAAGAUGCCGGCUGA